AUGGAGCAAUCGGUUGUGACAGAUAUUGUUUAUCUGCAAACAAUCGAAACUCAAGAAGAUAUCAGAUCACCACUUCAAAAAUUACAAGAAGUAGUUGCACAUGCAAAGUCUAAGAGUCAAAGUAAGAUUGACACUAGUUCAUUACCUAUUAAUUCUAGUGCAAAUUCUAGUGCAAAUUCAAAUUCCAGUUCUAACUCUACUACUAAUUCAAAUCCUAAUACCGAAGACGACAAUAUAAUUAGACUAUAUCCCGAAGUCAAUUAUCAUGAAAACAAUUCAGAAAUAACGAGUCCAAUCCAUACAUCAAAACCAAUGAAUAGUGCUGGAGUAUAUAGUAACCAAGAUCGAGAAAGUAUCUAUUCAUUCGAUUCAGUAAGUACUAAUGGAAGACUUCUUGAUCGAUUGGAUUUUGAAAAUGAAGACUUUCUUGAAGAUGAAUAUGGAUUAAUUAAAAGAGAAAGUAGAUCAUCAAUUCAUUCAACUACAAAAUUACUAGAGAAAUUGGAUCUAGAAAAUAAUGAUAGUAAAUUAAGAAGAACAACUUCUACUACAAAUGCAUACAGAAUUCCUAAUGAAAAUAAUUUAGCAGCCAUUAGAGGUCUAAAAUCUUCAAGAUCUAUUCAUACUUCACAACCAUAUAAUUCACAAUCUAAAAGUAAUGUUCAUGUAAAACAUGUCCCAAUGAAUCUUGUAUUUCAGAAUACUAAUAAUUCCGUUGGAUCAUUUAAAUCUGAUAUAGCAUCAAUAAAAAAAGUAGGUUCUGCAUCAAGUACCUCUCUUUCUGCUAUAGGUGGACAAUUCCAAAUACCUACUCAACCAUUACCUGAUUUUUUAAAUUCUAAAAAUGGAUCGGAUUCAUCAAUAAAGAAACCAGACUCUACUUCACAAGUUGAAGAAAUUAAUAAACCUUUAGAACAAGAUCAACAAACAGUUCCAUCACUGACACUGACACUGACUGGUGUAUUUAGAACUCCUUCAGCACCAAUAAUAAGACCUAAAGAAAAACUUCCAACAAGAGCUGGUAGUACAACAUCACUUGAUUAUGGUUCAACAGCUCCUAAACCAUCAACAAGAAGGAUUUUAUCAGAAGGUUCUGAAAGUUCAGGCUCAAGUACUAGUCUUAGAAGUCUUUCUCAAGGUUCACAAAUUCCCGAGAAUUCUUCACCUGGAAGUCGAACUAAAUUAGCUUUACAAUUAAGAUCUUUAGGAAAACAUCGAGAAGCAUCAUAUCAAUUACAAAUAGCAGCCAAUGCCCCAUUUAAUUUUCCUCAAGCUAUGUAUUUAUAUGCGGUAGCAUUAAGACUCGGUCAAGGUGUUAAACAAAAUGAUUUACAUGCCAUAAAAUGGUUAUGUAAAUGUAUAAUGAGUCAUAGUUCACAUUUACAAACUGCUUCACAAUCAGCUGUUUCAUCAUUUAUGGAUAAAUUACAUCAACUGCCUCCACAAAAUUUAAUAUCUCUGAUUAUUAGAAAUUUAGAUAAUACAGUUGAUCGAGAUUAUUAUAAAAAUGGUAAUGAUCCUAUACUUCUUGGAACAUUAUUUGCUAAAUUAUCUAAAGUUCAAAUAGCUAAAGUAAUUACUGUAAAUAAGAAUCAAACUGAUAUUUUGGCAUUAUGUUAUUAUGAAUUAGGAAAUUUUUUAAUGAAUGGUUAUGGAUUAGAAUUUAAAGAUGAAAUUAAUGGAAUUAAAUGUUUAGCAAAAGCCGGAUCUUUAGGUCAUAUACCUUCAAUGGUACUUUUAGGAGAAAUAUGGUCUAAUAAAACUAAGAAUCAUAAAAAAGAUCUUUAUCAAGCUGCUGCUUGGCUACGACUUGGAGAAAUCUUUGGCGUAAAAUCUAUUGGGAAUAGUUGGAUAUAUAAAGAUAAAUAUCUUCCAUCAAAGUCACUGCCAUCAAUGACGGCAUCACCUUGA